AUGUGCAGCGACACUACCACCUUACGCAAAUAUGUGACGAGUGAUGAUGAAUACAACAAGGCAAUCUUCUUUUUUUCCUUUUUUUUGACUUCUAUUUUUCUUUCCUUUUUUCGUGUUUCCUUUCUUUUUCCUUUUCUCUUUUUUUUUCCUUUCUCUUUCUUUUCAUUUUUUUUCUCUUUUUUUUUUCUUUCCUUUCAUUUUUUUUUCUCUUUUUUCAUUUUUUUUUCUCUUCUUUCCUUUUCCUUUUUCAUUUUUUUUUUUUUUUUUCUCUCUUCCUUUCAUUUUUUCUCUCUCUUCCUUUCAUUUUUUUCUCUUUUCCUUUCAUUUUUUUUCUCUCUCUUUCUUUUUUUCCUCUUUCCUUUCAUUUUUUUUUCUCUCUCUUCUCUUCCUUUUCUCUCUUCCUUUUUUUUCUUUUAUUUCUCUCUUCCUUUCAUUUUUUUCUCUCUCUUCCUUUCAUUUUAUUUUCCUUUUAUUUCUCUUCCUUUUCAUUUUUUUUCUCUCUUUUUUAUUUCUCUUCCCUUUCAUUUUAUUUCAUUUUUUCUCUUUCUCUUUUAUUUCUCUCUCUUUCCUUUCAUUUUUUCUCUCUCUUUCUCUUUCAUUUUUUUUCUCUCUCUCUUCUUUCAUUUUUUUCUCUUUCCUUUCAUUUUUUCUCUUCCUUUCUUUUUUCUCUCUCUCUUCCUUUCAUUUUUUCUCUCUUCUUUCUUUUUUUCUUUCUUCCUUUUUUUUUCUCUCUCUUCCUUUCAUUUUUUUCUCUCUCUCUUUUCUUUUUUUCAUUUUUUUUCUUUUUUUCUCUCUCUUCUUUCAUUUUUUUCCUUUCUUCCUUUCAUUUUUUCUCUCUCUUCCUUUCUUUUUUCUCUCUCUUUCCUUUUUUUCUCUCUCUUCCUUUCAUUUUAUUUCUCUCUCUUCCUUUCAUUUUAUUUUCUCUCUCUCUUCCUUUCAUUUUUUUCUCUCUCUCUUCCUUUCAUUUUUUUCUCUCUCUCUUCCUUUCAUUUUUUUCUCUCUUCCUUUCAUUUUUUUCUCUCUCUCUUCCUUUCAUUUUUUUCUCUCUCUCUUCCUUUCAUUUUUUCUCUCUCUCUUCCUAUUUGCUUUUAA